CGCAUCCGUGCAGCGUACAACAGCGAAGUGUAGAUAGAUUAUAUAGCCAUAGGGAAAGGCCUAGCUGCUAGCCGCAUCCACCGAUCCACCCAACACACCCUUUCAGUUUCAUUCCCAUUUCCUAGCAUCUCUGCCAUUUCCACCACUCUCCUUCUUCUUCUUCUUCUUCUUCUUCUUCUUCAGCCCCCAACCCAAACCCCCCCCCCCCACACACACACAAUAGGGAGAGAGUUGCUCAAGUCUUCCACAAUUCCAGACCCUCAAAGAGAAAGGGAUGCCUCGAGGCUCCACCACCACAUCCAGUUAACCAGUCUCAGCAGUAGCAGCAGCAACUCUUUAUGCCCUCGAUCUUCUUCUUUUUCUUCUUCCUCCUCCUCUUCUCCAAUGUUCUCCACCCCAUUCGUACUCUCCUUCGCCCUCCUCCUCUCCAUCCCUCUCCUCUUCCUCCUCGCCCCCCAUUUCCUCCCUCCCAACAACCAAAUCCCGAUCCCCGCCGCCGAUGAAAUCGACGACCAGGCCCUCUUCUCCCGCGCCGUCCGAUCCAAAUCCGCAUUCACCCGCCUCUCCCUCGAUUCCAAAACCAAGCCCAAAAUCGCCUUCCUCUUCCUCACCAACUCCGACCUCCACUUCGCCCCCCUCUGGCAACGCUUCUUUUCCAAAACUGCCCCCAAUCUCUACAGUAUCUACGUCCACGCCGAUCCCUCCGUCAACGUCACCAUCCCUCCGGGGGUUUUCCGCGACCGUUUCAUCGCCUCAAAGCGGACCUACCGUGCCUCCCCGACCCUGAUCUCCGCCACGCGCCGGUUGCUCGCCACCGCCGUCCUCGACGAUCCGGCCAAUGUCUUCUUCGCCGUCCUCUCCCAGUACUGCGUCCCUCUCCACUCCUUCCGCUACGUCUACCGCUCCCUCUUCGCCUCCGCCACUUUCGACAAGUCCCGCCCCGCCACCGAGUCCGACGCCGAGUUGACUCGGAUGGGAGUGAAGGUCAGGUACAGGAGCUUCAUCGAAAUCCUCUCCAAAUCGACCAGUCUCUGGAAGCGCUACGCCGCCAGGGGAAGGUACUCCAUGAUGCCGGAGGUCCCUUUCGACCAGUUCCGGGUCGGGUCGCAGUUCUUCUUGCUCACGCGCCGUCACGCAUUGGUGGUUUUGAAGGAUCGGCAGCUGUGGCAGAAAUUCAAACUGCCGUGUUAUCGGGAGGACGAGUGUUACCCGGAGGAGCAUUACUUUCCGACGCUGUUGUCGAUGGCGGAUCCGGAUGGGUGUACCCACUAUACUCUGACCCGGGUUAAUUGGACGGGUACGGUAAAUGGGCACCCGUACACUUACCGACCCGGCGAAGUGUCGGCACAGCUUAUUUAUCAACUGCGGCAGUCAAAUUUUUCCGAGUCUUACUUGUUUGCGAGGAAAUUCUCGCCGGAUUGCUUGAAACCCUUGUUGGGUUUAUCCGAGAAGGUCAUUUUCCGGGACUGAGGUUCUUCCCAUUUUACCCUGGUAAAAAAAAAGGCCAGUGAAGAUAAAUUAAUUUUUGAAGUUGGAGAAACUGAUUGGGAUGGUGGUUUUGGAGAGGCGCAAGAAGAUUUGCCCACAAACCACGAAACCCAUAGGAAGGUUCCAACUGAGAGACAAGAGCAAGAAGAUAAUGUUUUAUCAUCAAAUACAGAGUGUGUGAGAGAGACUUGAGCAAGAAAUUGAGUGCGGUGCAAAAGUGGAGAAGAGAAACAAAGCAAGGUACUUGUUCUCUUUUACUGCCAAGUUUGUAUUUUGUGGUGUAAGGUAGUGGAGUACUGGAGUAGUAGUACACUAAAACCAGCCAGCAAAGCAAGCAGAAGAAGAAGAAGGACAUAGUGUAACAGUGUUAGUUAGCAGAAGGUCCUUUGUCUUUUUGAUGCGUGUAAUUUGUACAUACAUAUAUGAAAUGGGAAUCUUGAUCAAUCUUGUACCAUUUUGACAAGAAUAAAAAAAAGGUCACAGUGAUCAGGGGCACAGUCUUUUUGACCCUGUUCUAGUAAAGA